GCCCUCUGGCUUACCAUCGCGAUAUACAACUUCAGCCUGGUGCUGACCAAACUGUCGAUAUGCCUGCUCUACCUCCGUCUCUUCCCGCAGCGAUGGUUCGUCAUCUCCACGCACGCCGUGAUGGGCGUGUUGAUUCUCUUCGGGCUGUGGGCGGUCGUCGGCGCGUUCUUCUUCUGCAACCCCGUCCACGCCUUCUGGGACCAGACCAUUCGCCAUCCCUCCUGUCUGCCGCAGAAGGAGGUCUGGUUCUUUAACGCCUCCAUGAACAUCGUCACCGACCUGGUCAUCUUCUUGCUCCCCAUGCCGCUGUUGAGCGUCACCCACAUGCCCUUCAAGCAGAAGCUCGCUGUCAUGUCUAUGUUCAGCAUCGGAUUUUUUGUAUGCGUGACAAGUGCCGUACGAGUAGUCGUCAUGCGCAACCUAAUCAACACUCCCGAUAUCUCAAAAAACAACGCCCCCGUCGCCGCCUGGUCAAAUAUAGAAGCCAACGUCGCCAUCCUCUGCUCCUGCCUACCAGCCCUGUAUCCCCUCCUCACCCGCUUCGGCUCGCGCCACUUCCCCGGCUCGUCGCGCCCGCGCGGCAAACGCUCCGUCCACAGGGGUCUCGGCGCCUACGAUCCAAACUGGAGCAUCUACCAGGGUCAGAGCGGUUACGCUGCUAGUGUCGUCGGGCAGGAAAACGUAGAGCACCCGGAACUCGAGGGCAUCAAGGUCGUCCAGGAGCUGCGGAUGGAGUCUGAUCUUGCGGGUGCCGUAGAUCUGCCUAAGAUAGCGCCCGCGCAUCAUGAUCCUAUAUAAAUAGGUAUAUAAUAGCCUGUUAUACGAUAGUACAUAUACACGGAACUGUAUCUAUUUGUUCAUACUAGUAUACACAAAGCAUGUAUUCAGUUUUUGAUAUUACUACCAGUCCUGUCUAAAGCAUGAUUGAAUAUCAUUGGAUGCCUG